UACUUGCACAGAUACUGUACAAGUGGCAUGCAUGUAAUGCACUCCAUCUAGAGUACGCACACGACUUGCACUUGCACAACACCUGGGCACGACUGCCCAAAGUGCAGGAGUGACGUCAUGCCAGUUACUAUUACAAGCGGGCGCGCGCCUCCCCUUGCUGAUACGCAAGCUUUCCUGAAUGGUUUAGAGAAGCACAAGGAAGCGGGCCCAGCGAAGGAUAUGUUCAACUGGGAUGCCCCGCUGUCGGUGGCUCGCGCCCCGGGGCGCCUGGACGUGAUGGGCGGCAUCGCAGACUACAGCGGCAGUCUAGUGCUGCAGAUGCCCAUCAGCGAGGCCGCACACGUGGCACUGCAGCUGCAGGGCGGCGCGUCCGCUCCUCGCGUGCGGGUGGUGUCCAUCCCCGCCCCUGGCGAGGAGGCGCACCGGGCGCCCUCCUUCGAGGCACCCAUGCCGGCUCUGUUCCCUGGGGGCCAGCCACUGGAGUACGAGGCGGCGAGGGAGCUGUUCAAGGCCGACCCCUCCUCCAGCUGGGCCGCCUACAUCGCCGGCUGCCUUCUGGUGCUGGCCAGGGACGGGCCCGACGCCCCUGCGCUGGCGGCCCGCCUGGCCGGCUCCUCCGUGUCGGUGCUGGUGCAGAGCCGCGUGCCGGAAGGCAAGGGCGUGUCUUCCUCGGCGGCAGUGGAGGUGGCCACCAUGACGGCGCUGGCCGGCGCGCUGGGCGUGGCGGCGGAGGCGCUGCCGGGCCGGCAGCUGGCCAUCCUGUGCCAGCGGGUGGAGAACCUGGUGGUGGGGGCGCCCUGCGGCAUCAUGGACCAGAUGGCCUGUACGCUGGGUCGGCAGCACUCGCUGCUGGCGCUGCUGUGCCAGCCCGCCGAGGUGCGCGGCACCGUGGAGAUGCCGCCGCACGUGGCGGUGUGGGGCGUGGACAGCGGCAUCCGCCACAGCGUGGGCGGCUCCGACUACGGCAGUGUGCGUGUGGGCGCGUUCAUGGGACUGCGCAUCGCCAGUAGCGACGGCCAGCCGUCGGGCCCGGCCGGGCCGCCGCCGGCGCGCUGGGGUGGCUACUUGGCGCGGCUGAGCCCCAGCCUGCUAGCUCAGAGCGUGGCGGCGCACCUGCCGGAUCGCGUCCGUGGCGCCGACUUCCUGCAGACCUACACCACCCACUACGACACUGUUACACACGUUGACCCCGAGAAGGAGUACGCUGUCCGCCAGCCCGCCUCACACCCGGUGCACGAGAACUUCCGUGUCAUCACCUUUGAGCAGGCACUCAAGCUUCCCCCCGGCCCGGAGCAAUUACGUCUGCUGGGGGAGCUGAUGUUCCAGAGCCACGCCAGCUACAGCGGCUGCGGGCUGGGCAGCGUCGGCACCGACCGCCUGGUGGAGCUGGUGCGGGAGGAGGGGCAGGCGGCGGCGGCGGCGGGGCAGCCAGGCGGGCCGCUGUGGGGCGCCAAAAUCACUGGUGGCGGCUGCGGCGGCACAGUGUGCAUCCUGGGCGAGGAGGGCCCAGAGGGGGAGGCAGCGGUGGCGCGGGUGGUGCGCCGCUACGCGGCGGAGCGGGGCGUGAAGCCGGAGGAGGUCAAGGUCUUCCGCGGCUCGUCGCCGGGGGCGGCGGAAGUGGGGCCGAUGACGGUGAUGGUGAAAUAGGUGGCCAGGAGCAGAGAAAUGUGCUAGGUGAUGCAGGAUGAGGGGAGGCACAGUGGCAUCCUGCGCUUUUCAGCCCCAAGGGUGAGCAGAGCACACACGCUGAAGCUAGAGGCGGAGUCAUGGCUGGACAGCCUGGACUGAAGCUUAACACUGUGUGGGAGGGGGUCGGCCAAGGUGUCUUGGAGGGUGGGGUGGCACGACGGGCCCAUGUUUCCACGAAGUGGUGCGCCGGCCCCCUAGGGUUUUGAGUGCAAGUUACGGAGCAGCUAUCGAGCCUGUAAACGCAGCGAUGGUACACCGUCGACAUAGAUUUUGCUGCGGAAGCACCCAGGGGCUGCACCGCCCCGAGGUGGGGCCCCUGGCGGGCGCAUCGUGACAUACUCAACGAGGCGCUGCCGUCCCGAGUGGUCGCCAUUGCUAGAAAGACUAGCAUGGAGUGCCACUUGCCGGCCGCCGAGGCAUUUUGUAGGCAACCAAAAAAACCCUCACAAUGGAUUGUGAUUGUCCUAGCGUGCAUGUGGGCUUCUAAUGCCUCCCAGCAUAAGAGGCGUACAAGAAAUCAAAGCAUUCAUGUAACGUCCAUGCUGA